AUGACGCACUGCUUCGAGGACUCUGGAACUAUCCGCGAUGUCGACUUCGAGUCUGUGGAAGAUCAGAAAAUCGCCACGUUGAAGGAACGGAUGGAAAGGACAAAGGACAGCGUGGACCGUUUUGCGAAGGUGCACUUCCGCUGGACGGUUGGAAUCAAGUUCAUCGGCCUGGUAGCUUUGGCGUCGCUGCUGGCCGUGGAGUGGUACUCUGAGGUUCGCUCAGAGGCCUCGCGUCUGGUUACCGAGCUCUCGUCUCUUGGCAAGGAUGUUUUGCUGUAUGACCUCGUCCUGACAAUGUCCGCUCGAAUGCUGGCUCUCACAGGUGACUUGCGAUGGAGAGACGAGUAUUUUCUCAAGGUGGAGCCCUUGGAGGUGGUCCUGGCUGACAUCGCGCGCAAAGCACCUGACAUUGCCAGCGAGUUCGACAAAAGGACCGUCGUGGCAAACGACAAGUUGCUGGCAUUGGAGGGCGAGGCCAUCGAAUUAUCCACAUAUAACGUUACCUUGGCCACCAGCGUUCUCUUCAGCGACGAGUACGAGUCCAACAAGGCGCUCCUGCUUGAGGGCCUCACUGUGCUGGACGGCAUGAUCCAAGACGUGCGCAAGCGUCACCGGGAAACGCAAUCGUGGUGGGGCAUUUUGAGCCCGUCCCUUGUGUUGCUCGCUUUUUUCGGCGAAUGCGCCAUGACCGUCGCGGUCGAACGGCUGGACCGACGGCUGGAGAGAUAUUGGAAAGAAGCAGAUCACGCACACUCAGCGUACAGCCACGAAGCGCGCAAGCGCUUCGUCAAAAAAGCAGAGGAUACGAUCAUUAGCAUACAGGGGAAGAUCCCCAAGCGUUUUUUGAGGCCGUUGCAGCUGCAAGCUGAGAAUGACGACGCCCCACCAUCUCCGCAGUUAUUGCGCAGGAGGCUUUUCUACUUGGCGAUGUCUGCCGAAGUCUUUGCUCUUGCAGGCUUUGCUAUACCAGCUGUGCUGACCUUGGUCGCUCUGUACAAGGCAGAGGGCACGGAUCCACUGCAGCAGCUGAUCGUCCACGCGAAAGACACGGAGUUCUAUGAUGUGGCCUUGACCUCCAGUGCCCGACUCUGCGUGCUGUCGGACGAUACGCGCUGGGCGAGGGAGUACGAUGGCUUCGUUGCCCCCAUCGACACAGCCCUUGCAGGCCUGCAAGAGGUCGCUCCCGAUGUGGCAGCCGAUUUCGCCAAGUCGACGUCGGCUGCGAAUGACGCGCUCAUCGACAUGGAGGCAGCAGCUCUGGAAGCUUGUGGCUCUGAUUCACAACUUGGCCGCAGCAUCUUGUUCAGUCCAGCCUAUGAGGGCAACAAGACGCUGCUUCUUGAUGGGAUCCGCUCAGUCACCGCGGCUGCUGACGAGCAGCGCCAAAUCUUUGAGGACGAAGAGGAGCAGCACCACACUAUCAGCCGCAUCCUCUUGAUUGUGAGCACCUUCCUCAUCGUGGCCGCGGACCUCUGCACAGUUGUGAUUGCAGCCUGGAUGGAAGCUCUUUCUGUGGCCGAUGACGGGGACGAUGGCAAAGAUUCAGCGGCCGAGCAGCGAUUUGUGCUCGGUCUGUUGGACCUGGUCAAGAUGACCUUGAGCUCAGACGAGAAAAAACUUACACGGGCCGUUGCUGACCAGGAUUCAUUUGCAGAAGACUGCACCGACAUCUUACCUGACGAAUCCGGUGGUGGGGCAUUGACGCACCAAUCCUUGAUAGAGAGAUGGUGUGACGGGCCCACUGAAGUCACCACCCGGGUUUCUUGGGCUUAG